CUGGUUGCCAGCAAAUAAAGAAAUUCAGUUGGUUUUAAACUUCUUCCAUAGUGCCUUCUUGGGAAUGUGGAUUUAAAAUGUCGUAUUCAAAGGCCUUAUAUGUGGCUCUGAUUGUCGUCUGUUUUUUUCUAACUGUAAGCUGUAGGUUUUCCACUCUGGACCAUAUUAAACCCAAAGCUAGCGACAAGGAGCAGGCGCGAGCGGUGUCCGGGCUGCUGAGGCGGCUGCUGGGGAACAGAUCCACGGAGUUCAUAGUGUCAGUCAACAGGAGCCUCUCCAAUGACAGCCUGGAUGUUUGUGAGCUCAGAUCAGCUAAAAACAAUAGGAUUGUGGCCACAGGCAGCACCGGAGUGGCCCUGGCUUCCGGGAUCUAUAACUAUCUGAAAUAUUUUUGUAACUGCCAUGUUUCCUGGUCGGGGAACCAGCUAGCAGUCCCAAAUCCUCUGCCACAGCUUACAGGCGUGCUGCGCAUCAACACCCCUCACAGAUUCCGGUAUUACCAGAACGUCUGCACCGUCAGUUACUCCUUCGUGUGGUGGGACUGGCCAAGAUGGGAGAAGGAGAUCGACUGGAUGGCUCUGAAUGGAAUCAAUCUGCCUCUGGCUUUCACUGGCCAAGAAGCUCUGUGGCAAGAGGUGUACCGAGCUCUUGGAUUGAACGAGUCGGAACUGGAAGAGUUCUUCUCUGGACCGGCGUUUCUUGCCUGGAACCGGAUGGCUAACAUGGACAAGUUUGGUGGGCCUCUGCCUCAGUCCUGGCAUGUGAACCAACUGUACCUCCAAUUUAAAAUCUUAGAGCGGAUGAGAGCUUUUGGAAUGAUACCUGUGCUGCCAGCCUUCUCAGGGAACGUCCCCAAAGGAAUUCUCAGGUUGUACCCAAAAGCCAAUGUUACCAGGCUGGGACCAUGGGCACAUUUCAACUGCAGCUUCUCAUGCUCCUACAUCCUGGAUCCAAGGGACCAGCUUUUUCUCCAGAUUGGCACUCUCUAUCUGUCUGAGGUGGUAAAGCAGUUUGGCACAGACCAUAUCUACAACACUGACACCUUCAAUGAGAUGACCCCACCUUCUUCUGACCCCACCUACCUAUCUGCAAUCAGCCGCUCUGUCUUUGCCUCAAUGACUGCCGUUGAUCCUAAUGCGAUCUGGUUGAUGCAAGGCUGGCUGUUCUUCAGCAACCAGACGUUCUGGAAGCCGCCACAGAUCCAGGCUCUACUCCACGGAGUUCCCCUGGGAAGAAUGAUUGUUCUGGAUCUGUUUGCAGAGGCUAAUCCAGUUUUCACAUACACAGAGUCUUUCUAUGGACAGCCCUUCAUCUGGUGUAUGCUGAACAACUUUGGGGGCAACAGUGGUUUUUUUGGCACAGUUGAAAGCAUCAACUCAGGGCCUUUUAAAGCCCUACACUUCCCAAACUCCACUCUGGUAGGAAUAGGCAUGACACCUGAGGGUAUUGAGCAGAAUCCUGUUAUCUAUGAGUUAAUGAGUGAACUUGCAUGGCGCAAAGAGCCAGUCAACCUUGCAAAGUGGGUGUCCCUGUAUGCAGUACGGCGCUACGGUGGCAUGAAUGAUAACCUGACAGCGGCAUGGAAGCUCCUAUUCACCAGUGUGUAUAACUGCACCAUACCAGGGUAUGUCAAUCACAAUCACAGCCCGCUCGUUCGCAGGCCCUCUUUUCGGAUGAGAACUGACCUGUGGUAUGAGCCUGCUGACCUGUUUGAAGCCUGGAGACUCUUCAUGGAAGCGGCUCCUUCUUUUAUGUCCAAAGAGACCUUCCAGUAUGAUCUAGUGGAUGUGACCCGGCAGGUCCUGCAAGUUCUGACAUCGUCUUUUUACCAGGAUAUCACAGACGCCUUUGCCAAUAAAAAAAUGCCAGAGCUGCUGACUGCGGGUGGCGUGCUGGUGUAUGACCUCCUGCCUGAACUCAACCGACUGUUGAGUAGCAACCAGAACUUCCUGUUAGGGACGUGGCUGGAGCAAGCCCAAUCCAAGGCCCUGAACGAGAGAGAGGCACAGCUUUACGACAUGAAUGCCAGAAACCAAGUCACUCUGUGGGGUCCCAGCGGCGAGAUCCUGGACUAUGCUAACAAACAGUGGGGGGGUCUUAUUGAAGACUACUACGCUCAGCGGUGGGGGUUGUUUGUCCAAACGCUGGUGGAGUGUCUGGACCGUGGACUUCCAUUCAAGCAGGAUACCUUCAACCAGGCAAUUUUUCAGGUUGAACAGGGAUUUAUUUACAAUGGCAGGAAGUACCCAACCAAACCUCAGGGAGACACUUAUGACAUCGCCCACAGAAUCUUUCUCAAGUACUACCCUCAAGCCAUGAAGAGACUACAACAAAUGGAAGAAAACUCUCCCAUCUCCCCCAUCCCAUGACUGUCCCAGUGCAUUGGCAAAUAGACACUGUCCAGAUAUAUACGGAAAUAAUCUGUUGGUAUGAUUUAUUGAAAUGAGCAGCUGAUUGGUGUGCGUGGUUUUAUUGGGAAUAACUGUUAAUUUACUCAUCACUUUUACAAAAAUACUUUUUAAAAAGGAGCAUAUUAAGGCUGCAGUAUGUAAUGUUUAUAAAGGAAAAAGGUUUUUUUAGCAUAUUUGUUAAUACUUCCCGCGGUCACAACGCUCAGGAGGAACGCGGCAAAUGUCACGGUCAGACAGCAAGAAGGGUGACCCGUCAGACCGUCAGUUCCCCAAAUCACGCAAAAACAGACUUGUAAAAGUGGGUCAGGGCUGGUGGAAGAUGAUGACCCCAUCUCUUAUGAUGACUGUUAAAGCAGGAGGCUUAAACUGUCACUGUGUUGAAACAGUUUAUUAUAAAACAGAAAAAAAAACCAUCCCAGUGCUCCUAUGGCCAACUACAGAAAUGACAAAAAAUAACUUAUCAGUCUUAGCACUGUCAAUCAUUCUUGUGUAUAUCUUGCUCAAUAUGCUACUGGUGGAGAACCAACUCAUGGUUCAACCGAGGGUUGUUCCAACACUACCAACCAGCAGUGUUGGUAUUGUCAUUACUGUUAAUAACUCCAAGUUGCACGGUGUUUCUAGUAGUCUUCUUUUAAGGUUUUUCAAUAGAUUAAUUGUGGUUUCCAUGAUUAUAUUUAAUGGAUUGCGUUGCAGUGAGUGGUGCAACAUCUUAAGCAUUGGGAUGACUUUUUAUCCAGAUGCUCUUUUUUUUCCUCAGACAGCUCCACUGUUGCUUGGUUAAAUGGAGCCAGCACACAGUGUGUGUCCUCUAUUGUUUUGUAAUCAUCUGUAGUUAGCUGAGGUGUAUCAGGGAUGCCAACACUGACUCCUUCUGUUCCACCAUGCUUUCCAGUAUUAAAUAUCUGUUGUUCCAUCUAGUUGACACCUCAUUCAUUAAUUUCUUCACUGGUCCUCUCAUCUGUAGCUGGACUUGUCAGCUUCUCUUUGGCUGUAGUACUGGUUCUGAAGUAUGUUACCUUUUAUUUCUGAUCUCUGUGAGUAUCUCAGUUUGGUCACAUGAUUUUCGAACUGUUAAAUUUAGCAAUGGGCAAUGCAAACUGUGUGCCUGGUUUGGAACUUUCUGACACACGCAUCCAUGUUUGCAGCUGCAUCUGUGACCAGACAAUACAAACUACAAACCAUCUUUACAGUGAAACACUUUUGUGUAACUGUUGUACAGGAACUGUCGGUCACGUAGUUUUCCUUAAAGUGAUCCGACCUCCAACUCGGGGUUUCAUCUUGAUUUCUCGAUGCAUGCGCCGAGGUUUCUGUGUCACCACAGGAAAGCUGAGCUGUCGUGAAGCUCUGCAUUCAAGAAGCUGUAGCAUAGCAGAGAGCAAAGGAAAGGGUCUGAGCAGCACAUACAUCAGGUUGAGUGAAAACACUAAGGACCCGCCUCCUGGCUCUCAUUGGCUGUUUCCGACAGAACUGUGUAGAUGGCUCUAGGGCCAUAGGAAGCAGCAGAGGAACUUGAUUUUUUUUUUCUUUUUCACAGAUUACAUGCAUACUGCAGCUUUAAUAGUUAAUGUGGUUGAAAAUGUGAAGGGUGUGUUGUUCAAAUUAUUUAGUGGGGUUUUGAUUAGGGUGUACAUUCACUGUUUGAGAUGAAAGUCAACUCUAUGCUUUAUGUGUUCCUGAUCAUUCCACUUCCUUUAAAUAGUGCCUGCUUACGACAAAAUCCAUCUCAGGGGACCAUACAGUAAGACAAACCGGUUCAGUACAAUCCAUACAUCACACCAGGUGUCAGAAUGUUUUUUAGUGUCACAGCCAGAGCGUGUUUCUGUCCAAACAUCUGGCUUCCUGCUCCUAUUGCUCUGUUUUCUAAAGUGAAUAGUUAAUAAUAAACAAUUACAUCUAGAACAAGUUUUAGAAGAAACUGUGAUAAUUUAGUGCCAAUAAUCCAGGCGAAUUGCCUUAUUUCAAGAAAUGUUUAUUUCAAAAUAUUUUUUCUUCUGGCAUUUUUCUGUAGUUAAUGGAUUCAUCUUCUCCAGCUCUUAGGAAGGGAGUUAAUAUUAACAUAUUUGCGGAACGUUUAAAUUGAAAACACUGCAGCCUAGUGCAGAUUAGCUAUGAAAUGUUUCACUUUAACUGCAAGAGAAAAAAAGUAAUUUUUUUCUUUAUUUGUGCUUGACCGGUCGCAUCCUCAACAGAAUCCCACGUUAGCCAUGGCUAACUCUCCCUGUCAGCCCCAGUUAGCUGGUUUAUCCCUCAACUCUUCACAUGGUGCAGGAGCCUCAGCCAUGACUUUGUUCUGUUUAUUAAUAGUUAGAAAGAAGUUUUAUUAAUUUUUUGAAUGACUUUCCAUUCAAGUCAAAAUGAUAUUUUCUAUGAUUACAUUGCAUAAUAAAAUAUUUUGAAGAUAGA